GUCAAAUGAACAAGACCUGACUUUUUGUACUGUACUAUACUAUAUGCAUGUAUUAUAGCCAAUAUUAUUAGCCCACGCACCAAAGGCAGCUGGAAUCUUCAAAUUAAAGUAUUAUAUUCCUUCUCCAAACUCCAUUUGUUUUCUUUUUAUUUUUACCAAAUCUCUCUUUAUUAUACUGGGUACUUCUCUACUACUACUACUUUUCAUUUCUAUAUAGAAAUUAUAUUAUGAGCCAGAGCUAGUCCAUGCCCACAACAAGAUCAUUGAAGCUCAAACCCCCUACAUAAUACGGUUACUAAAUAUUUUUAUAAAUUGUCCUUAUAUAUAAUAUGGCUGGUUCUGGUUUGGUACUUCAGUUGCAGAAGCAGUUGGGAGAUUACACAACUUCACUGUUUAAUGAGGGUUUCUUAGAUGAUCAAUUUAACCAACUUCAGCAACUCCAAGACGAAAGUAACCCAGAUUUUGUGGUUGAAGUAGUUUCACUAUUUUUUGAAGAUUCUGACAGGCUUCUUAAUGAACUGGCCAAAGCUUUGAAUUAUCAGAAUACUGAUUUUAGGAAGGUAGAUGCCCAUGUUCACCAGCUUAAGGGUAGCAGCUCCAGCAUUGGUGCUCAGAGAGUUCAAAGAGUCUGCAUUGCUUUCCGUAACCACUGUGAGGCACAGAACAUUGAAGGGUGCUUAAACUGUUUGCAACAAGUGAAACAAGAGUAUACCCUUGUGAAAAACAAGCUUGAAACCUUGUUCAAGUUGGAGCGACAGCUUUUGGCAGCCCGGAGGUCAUCAUUUCCUAUGUAGUCUUAUCUGAUCACAUGUAGAUCCUCAUGGAGAUAACAUAUGACAAUCAUAAUCAUCACCAUCAUCAUCAUCAAGGGAGAGUAUAGUAAUUAGCUUAAUUAAUUUAUGGUACUUCUCCAUGCGUCUGUAGAUUAUUGUUAACAUAUAUAUAUAUUUAUAUUUAUAUAUAUUGUCUAGUAAAUAGUCUAUCCCAUAUAUCUAGUCUUGGCUGGUUGCUACUUAAUUUGAACUUAAUUAUUUGUGCAUCA